AUGUCUCACCCCACCGGCGAAGAAGACCCUUCCAUCUUCCCCCUAACCGGCGGCUGCGCCUGCGGCAAUAUCCGAUACUCCCUCAAUGCCCCGCCCAUGGUCGUCCACUGCUGCCACUGUACCUCCUGCCAGCGUGAGACCGGCACCGCCUUCGCCCUCAACGCCGUCGUCGAGGGAGACGAGGUGACCCUCCUCCCGAGCAAGCCCUCCUCGUCCGCCUCAUCGCCGCCGCUGCAGCCGCUGGCGGCGUUCCCAGAGUCUGCCUUUGAUGAUUGGACUCCCAGGCAGCAACAGCAGCAGCAGCAGCAGCAGCAGCAGCAGCCCAGACCCGCCUACAAUGUCCACGGGACGAGCGAGAAGAGGGACAAGGGCGACGACCACGCUGACAACGGUGAUGAUGCCGGCAAACGCCGCGUCGAGGCAGACAUCCCUUCACCCGUGAUCCUCCCCGUCCCCGCCGACUCGGGCGCCCCUCAGCACAUUUCUCGCUGUCCCAUCUGUCUUACGCCCGUUUGGAGCAACUACGACGGCACAGGACCGCUUAUGAAGUUUCUCCGCGUCGGCACCCUCGACUCCCCUGCGCUGCUGGGCGGUCCGGACGUCUACAUCUUUAUGCGCAGUAAGCUGCCGUUCGUUGAGGUUGCCGACGAUGGCAAGCCCCGCUUCGAUGAGUUCUAUCCUACCAAGGAAGGUAUUUGGAGCCCGCGAGGUCUUGCGCGCCGGGAGAAGCUGCUUGUCCGGAUCAGAGAGUGGAGGAAGGAGAAUGGGCUGGAUGGAUGA